AUUCUGUAAAUCAUCAUAUCCCAUAGUUAGCCUUUCAAAGAUGGAGUCCAGAAUGAGUCGUUCCAAGCCUAGUAUUCUCGACAAGCCGCUCAGUAAAGGCAAGGGCGAGCUGAACCUGAGCUCCUUCGCCUUCCUGUUCUCGGAGAUGGUACAGUACUGUCAGAACCGGGUGCACACGGUCCCCGAACUGCAGCAGAAACUGUCCGACCUGGGACAACACGUCGGCUUCCGCAUUCUGGACACACUGUUUCUCAGGGAGAGGAAUUACAAGCGAGAAAUCAAGCUCCUGAACAUGCUGCUGUUUGUGAAAACAACGGUCUGGAAGACGCUGUUUGGGAAAGAGGCGGACAAGUUAGAACACGCCAACGAUGACGACAAGACGUACUACAUCGUCGAAAAAGAUCCGCUCGUCAACAAGUUUAUCUCCGUUCCAAAGGACAAGGGAAGUUUAAACUGUGCUGCCUUUACUGCGGGGAUUGUAGAGGCAGUUCUAAACGGCUGCGGUUUCCCUGCUAAAGUCACGGCACACUGGCACAGAGGAACUACCUACAUGAUCAAGUUUGAUGAAGCAGUCAUUCUCAGAGACAAGAACAUGGAGGGCCGAUAGGAUAGGAUAAAUGUAGUAUAUCAAGGCUCAAGCUAUACUGUAGUCUACUCUAUAUAGUAAAUAUUAAAAUGAGACCUGUGUUUGUUAUAGAAUGAAUGUGAAAAGGUCAAGCUAUAAAUCUAUUACCAAA